CGCCACCAAGUGGUUCAUAGAACUCGCGGAUUGUUGCUGUCAAAGUCUGGUCUUUAUAUUAGGUCUGAUCGACGACUCUCGAGCACCGCCAACAGGCCUCGAAGUCGAGAAACUAGCCGCCAAAAUGGUUAAUAUCCUCAAGCACAUCGUUAAAAAUGAUGCGAUGAAAAAUGAUCCGGUCGAGAUCUACGGAUGGAGGGUCUUUGCAUUAGCAUGCUCAGCCUGUUUCGGAGGCAUGCUUUUCGGAUGGGAUAUUGGAUCCAUUGGAGGAAUUAUUGUCAUGCCCGCAUUCAUGAAGGAAUUUCACCUCACAGAUGCAAACUCUUCUACUCUCAAUAGCAACAUCGUCAGCGUUCUCCAAGCAGGAUGUUUCUUUGGUUCUCUGAUUGCGUAUUACGUGGCGGACAGAUGGGGACGAAAGCCUGCGUUGUUGAUUUCGGCUAGUAUUACGAUGGUUGGCAUCAUCAUCCAAGCUACAACCCUCAAAUCAUUGACACAACUUUACCUUGGCCGACUUAUUUCUGGGUUUGGUGUGGGCGCUGCAAGCAUGCUUACCCCCCUUUACGUCAGCGAGAAUGCGCCCCGUGCUAUUCGUGGUGGCUUGACUGGGUUGUAUCAGCUAUUCAUUGCAACAGGAACGAUGCUUGCUUUCUGGACCAAUUAUGGAACCAACAAAAAUUUCAAACCCCUCAACAAGGCCAAUGCUGCAUGGCAAGUGCCUUUGGCCAUGCAGGCGCUCCCAGCCCUCUGCCUUUUCUUCGGUCUCGUACUUUGCAACGAAUCUCCCCGAUGGUUGGCUAGACAAGACAAUUGGGAGAGAGCCACCGAAGUCCUGUCUCAGGUCACUAAUCUUCCCCCGGACCAUCCGUAUGUUCAGAUGGAGUUGGAUGAGAUGAGAGAUCAACUUGAAAACGAGCGACGCCUGAUCGGUGGGGCUACGUUUUGGGAUCUUCAACGUGAGAUGUGGACCAUCAAGGGGAACCGAAAUCGAGCCCUUAUCUCCAUCGGUAUCAUGGUUUGUCAACAGAUGACCGGAACAAAUGCCAUUAACUAUUACGCACCGACCAUUUUCCUGAAUCUGGGUAUUCCUAGCGCAAAUACUGGUCUCUUCGCAACAGGAAUUUAUGGCGUCGUCAAAAUGGUAACCUGUGCCGCCUUCCUCCUCUUCGCCGCCGACUCUCUCGGUCGCCGACGGUCUCUACUCUGGACCUCCAUCGCCCAAGGAUGUGCCAUGUUUGUCAUCGGCUUCUACGUGCGCUUCGAUCCCCCAGUCAAAGGCCACCCCAUCCCUCCCGUUGGCUACUUCGCCCUCUCCUGCAUCUUUUUUUUCGCCGCCUUCUUCCAAUUCGGAUGGGGCCCAUGCUGCUGGAUUAUCGUCUCCGAGAUUCCCACUGCAAGACUGCGAGCUAUGAAUGUGGCGCUCGCGGCCGCGACUCAGUGGCUCUUCAACUUCGUUGUUGCUCAGGCCGUCCCGCAUAUGCUUAAGGACGGACAUAUGGGCAAAGCGGGCUAUGGCACAUAUUUCUUCUUUGGCUCCUGCUGCUUCGCCAUGUUCUUCUUCGUCUGGUUCCUGAUCCCGGAGACGAAGGGAAUGAGUCUUGAGAGGAUGGAUGAUAUCUUCGGCGUCACGGAACUCGCAAAAGCCCACAUCGAUGAGGAAGGCGCUCAUGCUUCGACGAAUAUUAACGAGAAGUUGUAUAACACGCAUGUCCAAGAGACGACGGCUGAUGUGAUUUCUCCUCAAGAUCGUGAGGCUCAGAGCAGUGUGGGCUCCGAUAAGCUCGAUAAGCGAUGAUUAGAUAAUCGCGCUAAUUUGUCAAUAAUCGAUAAUUAUCGAUAAUUAUCGUUCUAGGCGGUGAGGGGCCCGG